UUAUAAUAUAAAUAAAUUGGCAAGUUAGAUCCGAGAUAAAUCCCCUAAAAAAAAAUAAAAAAAAUCCGAGAUCAAUUCGAUCCUCAAUAUCACCCUCUGCCACACUCUACGCCAAAAUUAUAAUUAAUCAAAUCCCGAAAAGAAAGAAACCCAAAAUUUUUAGGAAAACAAUAUUUUUCUCUGAUUGACUGACUACUGUCCCCCAUCUUCUCCCUCUUCUUCCUCGUUUGCUCCUGUCAACCAUUUCAUUUUUCUCUGAUUACUUGCACUAUAAAAUGAACCAAAAAAUGGGAGUAAAAGUCGGAGAAAUCAUCGGAAAUUGAGAGUUGAGGAGAGAGAAAAUAACAAUGGAGGGAGGAUCGCUAGUUUCGAAGGCAAGGACAGCCUUUCAUUCCGCAGCUGCUAAAGCGGAGAGAGUUCUCAUUGAUUUCAAAUCCGAUCUUAAAGAUUCAGAUGAGCAGCAGUGUAGGAAGAAUUCGGGUUGUCAAUUUGAGGAAGUGUUGUCAUCUUCUGAGGCUGAAAAAAAGGGUUUCAACGAGUCAAAGCAGUCCCGAUGGAAGCCACCUAGUAUAGGAACAAAACAGGAAUGGCAUGAUAGACUAAGGAAUAUCGGAAGAGGUAAAAAGGGAGCUGAAGACACAGAGAACGUUGAGGAUAUAAAGAUGGCUUUUGCAAUUUUUGAUGAAAAUAUUUACUUGUACAAUGAGAAAGUUGCUGCUGAAGCGAAGGGGUUGGAGACAUCUUCAGAUAGCUAUGAUGCCAACAACAGAGAUAUCAUCCCACCUUCAUUUGUGUUGAAGCAACUGGCUAUUGCAAUUGAAUCAGAGAAGAACUAUAGGUCAGUGAAAGAUCUUCUCACUUCAUCUGCAAGUUCUUCCCCAGUUCGAGAAAGGGCGAGUUUGGGUAUCUCUGCAGUGAAGUCGAUGCUCCGGGGGAAGGAGGAAAAAAUUACUUCUGAGUUCAGGGACGAUGAAGCUUGGGCUUUAAUUCAAUCUAUACUUGAUGCUGAGGGACUUACUCCUGGUAGGAAAGUCGGCUUUUUAGUUGAAAGUUUGCCUAGCGCCAUGGCAUUACCAAGAGAUAUCCAUGGUGCACCGCCACCGAGCUUGAUUGUUAAAAUCUCUGAAGUCAUGGGAAGCUUUAAGACGUUAAGGAAGAUGGCAUUAUUUUGGUGCAGGAUUAUCUCUGAACUCAGAAGACUUUGGAUGGAAGAGCUAUAUAUACCUGGAAUUCCUCUUAAUGAAGUACCGGAUUUAAGUUUUUGUUUGCUCUAUCAGCAAAUGCAAUUUAUGAAUUGCUGUCUUUCUAGAAAGAAACGUCGUGCUAUUGCUACCGACUCAUUGGAAUCGUUAAUUAGAGAAGCCGGUUGUGAUGCCGAUGGAGUGCCUUCCUCGGUUGAAAGAAUAACUUCAGGCUCUUUUCUAUAUGCCAAAACAAAUACUGGGGAUCUUGUUGUAAGACUGGGAGUCAGUCAUCAGGCUGAAAAUUUGACAUUAUUGGAAACGGGAGAGCCUGUGUAUGCUCCCUUGACACAGGAAGGACCAUUGCUAACUGAGGAUCUUGCCCGAGAAGCUGAAGAGUUUGUUCUUCGGACAGGGAGUGUUGGUGCUGGUUGUUCCCAGCUUCUUUCUGAUAUGCAAGCUUUCAAGGCUGCGAAUCCUGGAUGUAUUCUUGAGGACUUUGUAAGAUGGCACUCUCCUCCUGAUUGGACAGGAAACGAGUCUGGCAAUGAGUCUGAUGCAAGUACAUGCGGUGGUGAUUCAACAUCUUCCAGAGGUCGAUUAAGUAGACGUAUGAAGAAAGAAGGUAAUUUAUGGCAAGAACUUUGGGAAGCCGCCAAGUCUGUGCCUGCUGUUAGACAAGCACCACUAUUUGACGAGGAUUUGGCAGUGGAAGGUGUGCUGACUGUAUUGGAAAACAUUACUCCGUCUCAGCUAUUUGGCCAGCUGUUUCAGUCAUUGCUUGGUUUUGGAUUCAUGAUUGCCGAGUCUAAGCUUUCUACAGAUGACAAUGUAGCAAAACUUUUCUCUGAGUGUAAAGAUUUUGUAGUUGCUUCAUUUCAUGGUGAUGCCUGGAUCGAUAAAAUCGAUGAUAUUUGCCAGGUUUAUGAAACAGUUGAAGCAAUAUUUCUUCGGCCAGAUGAUGUCAUGAAAGCAGUGAAACAGUCCGAAGAUGUGAAUGCCGCCCCGGAGGAACCAAAACCCCGUUUUAAGAAGUUAACCCAAAUGUUUGGCCGUAAAAACAGGACAAGAAAAUCAUCCUCAGAGGAGAAUAAUAGUACGGAAGACCCUCCAAACCGUCAGCCAUUUUCGAAUUUUUUUGAUAGUAGAUCGACUCUGUUUUCAAAGAAGCCUCCUAAACCUGAAAACACACAACCCCCAGCCAACAACUCAUCUGGUUUAGAUGAAAAUGAUUGGACAGUUGUUUGAAGAACUUUUUUUUUUGUUUUUUUGUUUUUACGUUAUAAUCAAUUGUAAAUUAGAUAGAGUUAUUAGUCCAUCAAAAUUUCCAUGGACAAUAUUGUAAUUAUUUUUUUGUGUUCGGGUACAGUCGUACAGAACAUUAUAGAAAUGGAAAAUAUUUUGAUAUUCAAGAAUUAGCUAAGAUGUUUUCUUGUUUAUGUUCUGAA